AUGGACUACUUUCUGCGCGGCCGCGACGCCGCCGCCGAGCGCAUCGCCACCGACGGCAAGCGCUGGGCCGAGACGGUCCUGCGCCGCGAAGACAUGCGUCUCUACGUCUGGCGGCUGCUGCUGGAGUAUGCGCGUGUCAUGGAUGACAAUCGCGAUCGCCUGGCAUUUGUGCAGGACUGGAUUGAUUAG